AUGUCCAGUCUUCUAUCAUCUUCUACAUCUGUAGUUACUGUCUGUAGACAGUGUUGAUAUGUGUUGAUAUGUAGUAGAACAGGAUUAUUUGCUUAAUAAAAGACAAGUUUCAAUUUGUUUUACACGAUGGCGACGUUCGAAGUAUUAAGGAAGGAAUAUAGUGAUUAUUUACAACAGUGUUUUAAAGUGUCAGAUGUACAAACAUUUCAAAAGAAGUGUACUGAGCGAUGCGCAAAUGAAGGUGAUAGGAAAGCUGCUAUUGAUCAAGCAUUAAGGGACACUCUUCUUGUAAUAUUAUCUGAAAAUGCAUCAAGCAAUGUACAGUUACUUGAAACUUAUAUCACAUUUUGUAUUGAAUUAUGUAAAAAAGAUUUAGCAACUGCAAGUAUGCCAGUAAUGUUACUUGGUGAUAUUUUUGAUUCCAUGACAUUGGAUAGAUGCGAACAACUCUUUACUUUUGUUGAAAAUAAUGUUGUUGUAUGGAAGGAAGAUUUAUUCUUCAGUGCUUGUAAAAAUAAUUUAUUAAGAAUGUGUAAUGAUUUGCUUAGAAGGCUAAGUAGAUCGCAGCAAACUGUGUUUUGUGGAAGGAUUUUAUUAUUCUUAGCCAAGUUUUUCCCCUUCUCUGAGAGAUCUGGUCUUAAUAUUGUUAGUGAAUUUAAUUUGGAAAAUUACACAGAAUUUGGCUCUGAAAAAUCAGAAGGAGAUGAUUUAGAGCAAGUAACUAAAGAUGAAGAUAAAUCAGAAAGUAAAGUGCCAAUUGAUUAUAAUUUAUAUAGAAAAUUUUGGGCACUGCAAGAUUUCUUUAGAAAUCCAAAUCAAUGUUAUAUGAAAAUGUAUUGGAAAGUAUUUUCAGCACAUGCUUCAAGUGUGCUAUCAGCAUUUUCAUCUUUCAAAUUGGAAGAACAACGUUCUUACCCAGCAACAUCUGUCAAACUUGAUACUUCAAUGGAAGGAUCUCAUAAAGAAACUCCUUAUUUUGCAAAAUAUCUAACAAAUCAGAAAUUGCUGGAAUUACAGUUAUCAGAUUCCAAUUUUAGACGAUAUGUAUUGCUGCAAUUUCUCAUUCUUUUCCAGUAUCUUAAUAGCACUGUAAAAUUUAAAGCUGAAACACAUGAACUGAAGCCUGACCAAGUAGAUUGGGUAAAAGCAACCACGGAACAAGUGUACGCCUUGCUGACAGAAACGCCUCCUGAUGGCCCGGCAUUUGCGGAAACUGUUAAAAACAUAUUGAAACGUGAGGAACAUUGGAAUGCGUGGAAGAACGAAGGUUGUCCACCAUUUAAAAAGCCAGCUCCAGAUUCUAGUAGUGAUAUAGAAGACGUAAGAAAACCAAAAAGACCGAGGCAAAGAAUCGGGGAUGUUAUUAGAGAUGCUCAAACAGUAGGAAAAUAUCAUAUGGGAAAUCCGGAACUCACAAAACUGUGGAAUUUGUGUCCUAAUAAUUUGGAAGCAUGUAAAUCUAAAGAUAGAGAUUUCCUUCCAUCUUUAGAGACGUAUUUCGAGGAAGCUAUUAUGCAAUUAGAUCCCAGCGCAAUGGUAGAUGACGAGUAUAAGAAAGUAAAUGAUGGAAAUUUCGGUUGGAGGGCAUUAAGAUUAUUAGCUAGACGCAGCCCUCACUUUUUUGUUCACGGAAAUUAUCCUAUUAAUAAACUUCCGGAAUAUCUUGAAACGAUGAUUAAAAAAAUUGCCAAAGAUCGUCCACAGACGCAAUCAGAUAUAAAGUUAGAAACGGAAGAAACACCGCCGUCAGAAGCAACCGAUCAGGAAUUCUCUGAAGACGUUCUAAAGCAGGAAAGUGAACAAGUUGAAUCUGAAAAUACUGAUACAAAAUCGCGAAAAUUAACGAAAGUUACUCCUGAAAUGGUGGCAAAGUUAUCCGAAAUUCUCAAAGGCGAUUGGAAGAAAUUAGCAACGAAGCUUGGUUAUACAAGUGAAGAGAUUACAUUCUUCCAAAGCAAACCAACACCAUACGAACAGUGCAAAAAUAUGUUAGAGAUUUGGGCAGAGGAAGAUGUAGAUGCGUCUAUGGAGAAUUUAGCUUAUAUUUUAGAAGGUUUAAAAUUCACAGAAGCAUUGGCUGUUUUAAAAUCUUAAUUAUCGUUUCGAAAAGUAUGUGUAAAGAUAUGUACUCUAAAAAAUUGUA